GUGAGCAGUGGUGUGUGAGAGCCAGCCUUCACUCUGCCUGCCCACUUGGUGGCAGCUCCCUGGAACUUUUCAGUCCCUUCUGGAGCCUCACCGUAGCCCUCUUCCAGAACACGGUGCCAAGAGUCCCGAACAGGAGCCACCAUGCAGUGCUUCAGCUUCAUUAAGACCAUGAUGUUCUUCUUCAAUUUGCUCAUCUUUCUGUGUGGUAUUGCCCUGCUGGCAGUCGGCAUCUGGGUGUCUGUCGAUGGGACAUCCUUCCUGAAGAUCUUCGGGCCACUGUCAUCCACUGCCAUGCAGUUUGUCAACGUGGGCUACUUCCUCAUCGCGGCUGGUGUUGUGCUCUUUGCCCUUGGUUUCCUGGGCUGCUACGGUGCUCACACUGAAAGCAAGUGUGCCCUCAUGACGUUCUUCCUCAUCCUCCUCAUCAUCUUCAUCGCUGAGGUUGCAGGUGCUGUGGUCGCCUUGGUGUACACAACGAUGGCUGAGCACUACCUGACGUUGCUUGUGGUACCUGCCAUCAAGAAAGACUAUGGUUCCCAGAAAGACUUCACCCAAGUGUGGAACAGCACCAUGGAAGGGCUCAAGUGCUGUGGCUUUACCAACUACACAGAUUUUGAGGACUCACCCUACUACAAGGAAAACAACGAGACCUUUCCCCCAUACUGUUGCAAUCUCUCUGCCAACAACACAGCCAAGGAACAAUGCACCGAUACCAAGGCCUUUAACAACAAUGUACAGGGGUGCUUCCGGCAACUUCUAUAUGACAUCAAAACCAAUGCAGUCGCUGUGGGUGCUGUGGCAGCUGGAAUUGGGGGCCUAGAGUUGGCUGCCAUGAUUGUGUCCCUGUACGUGUACUGCAAUAUCAAAUAAGUCUGCUUCUGCCUCUGCUGCUACUGCUGCAUGUGAGAACUGGAAAGAGGUACCCUGGCUCUGCCAAGAAGCAGUGACCAGGGUAGGCACAGGACUUAACAGUGUCACUUGGGCCAGUGGGCCUGCCCUUUCUGACCCAGACUUGGGGUUAAAUAGAGACCACCCUUUUAGGCUGUGCCUGACUUUUCCUUCCAUUGGUAGGGCUGUGGCCCAGCUAUUCCAGAGCCUCUAAAUAGCCAGUUCUCCUGCCCUUUUCCCCAGUUUCUUCCUAAACCCUGGCCAUCCCCUAUGCCAAGGAGGGUUCUUGGUGAUCCCAGUCAGUACUCCACUUGGUGAUUAAAAAAAAAAAAAAUGGCACCUUGUAGACUGGACAUACGUGAAAUCAGCAGAGCCACCAGGCAAUUAUGUAGA